AUGGGAGGCCACGGCCGAGCUUUAGAGGCUCUUGUGCAGGUGCUGCGGGAACUUAAAGAUGAAAGCGAGGCGGCUGCUGUGAUUGGGGCAGUCAUGCUUCAACUGUCACAGAAGUACCCCUGCGCUGGCUCGCAAACCUUCGACGAUGACUCUAUCAAAGCAGUUCUUCGGACGGCACUGUCAGGCAAAUGGGUUCGGCGCGGUGACAAGCUUGUGAACAUCAAUGCUCAGAAGGCAGACUUGAUUCGUUUGCGGUACAAUGAUGCCUGCACUCGCUACCGCAUUGAAGUUCCGUACAUAUGGCUGCACAUGAUGCUCAACACUGUGCCAGCAAAUUCUAAAGAUCUGGCCCCAUGGCGCCUGAUGGACUACAGCCAGUUUUUGAGUGAUCCACCGCAAGAUGGCACAGAAUGGGAGGAGUUCAACGCAGCCUUCAGAGUGUUGUGGUCUUGGGCUUUCGAAGAAAUGCAAGAAGUGCCAGAAGGCUCCUUGCACAGCGGGGCAAUCAUAAAGCCAGAUACCUUAAAGGAUAAGAUGGUCAUCAAUCGGCAUCUGAAGCGCUUCAAGGCAAAACAUCGAAAAGCAACAGCUUCAAAGGACUGCGGCAACCCAAAGGCCCGCAAAGACCCAGCAGCGGCAAAGCCCCCAAGCCGUCCCGAAAAGCAUGAGUGCGAAGUCGAUGGCGAGGAGACCACGGUCAAUUUGACUCGGACUGAUGUUCUUGUUCUGAAUGCGAAGGGUGCGAAUGCUGCAGAUGCGGUCCUUCGCUUGCGCACCCAGACUGGCGAUCUGAUCGCAGAGUGCUUGCAGAUGAAGCAUGGGCAGUCCGCGUGUCACCUAGAAGAUGAGCGUCAGAAAGCCUGUGAUGAUGAUGACAUCUUCGUCGUGCUGCGAAACAGCAACGCUGAAGCUCCAGCUGGCGAGAACUUGAUAUUUGUGUCCGAGGGUCAGUUCGCAGAUUACUUCGGAGUUUACAGCGGCAGAGCAUUCAGCAGUGCGGCUAGAAGCGUGCCUUGUCGGAUCCAGCAGUAG